CUCAGCCUCGUGUCGUGCAUGCAUCUAUCCUUCAGUCCAUUCUCUCCGUUCCAACGACGAAAGUUAUGCCUAUAAAGUUAGACGACAAGUGAUUGAUUCCGGUACUGUUGAUCGCAUUGGCACGAUUGUGCUUGCUAGUCAAAGCUUGGGCGCCCUGUAAAUCAGCUGGACUCGAGCUACCACUCUGGGCAUUACAAACAUGGCAGACCCAGUUGGGGCCGGCGCCGGGAUUGUUGGCGUCAUUGGUCUAGCCAUCCAAGUCACGCAGGUUGUGGUCCAAUUUGGUAUGGACUGGAAAAAUGCGCCAGAUGAUGUUAAGGCAUUCAUGGCCGAAUUAGGGGCUCUGAAGACCGUGUUGUCAGAAACAAAUACCAAUAUCCUCCUCAAUGCAGACUUUGAAGCGGCCUUUCAGGACCAACCGUCGGUACUAUUAUCUCAAUUGGGGCCUAAUGCUCCGUCAACAACAGACACAAAGCGGUUGCUAGAGAUCUGCAAGAAAGAGCUGGAAUCGUUGCUUAAAGAGCUGAAAAAGAGGGGAGAAGGCCAUCAAUUAGGUUGGGGGAGAUUCAAAAGUGCCUUUUUGGCUCAAGAUACUCGAGAUUCGGUUGAAAAUCUAUGCCGACAAUGUCAGCUGUUGAACAGCAUGCUCUCGAUCGACGCGGCUGUGCUGGGAGCAACCACGUAUAAAGAAGUCAAGGAGGCACGGAAAGAGCAACAGGAAUGGCACGAGGCCGAAGAAAAGAUUUCCAUGGCUAUAAGAGGUGGCGUAGACGAGUCUAACUCGCGACAAGAGAAUCAAAUACGGAAGCACCAGGACCAAGCAAUUCUCGACUGGCUUACCCCUAUCGAUUACGCUCCUCAACAGAGCGAUUUUAUCAGUCGGCGACAAACAGGGACUGGACAGUGGCUUCUCGAUUCGACAGAGUUCCAGUCAUGGCUUAUGACAGAAAAACAGACGUUGUUAUGUCCGGGAAUUCCAGGUUCAGGGAAGACAAUUCUUACGUCAAUUGUGAUAGAAGAGCUUAUCAUGCAAUUUGGCAAUGAUAAAAACAUAGGCAUCGCAUAUCUCUAUUGCAACUUCCGGCGCCGAGAUGAGCAGAAGAUUAACGACUUAUUACAAAGUCUUCUCAAACAGUUAGCUCAAGGUUUAAAUCCUCUACCAGACGCUGCAAAAUCUCUCUACGCUAAACAUAUUAAUAUCCGAACGCGGCCAACAUUAGAUGAGCUCUCACAGGCUCUACAUGCAGUUGCUGCUUUGUAUACAAAGGUCUUUAUCAUUGUUGACGCCCUCGAUGAAUGUCUAAUGACAGGUAGCCACCGAUCGAAUUUUCUAUCGAGGAUCUUUGAUGUCCAAGAAAAAAGUGGAUCAAACCUGUUUAUGACAUCAAGACAUAUACCAGAAAUCAUUGAAAUAUUUAGCGGGCAUACAUUGUUGGAGAUUCGUGCAUUAGAAAGUGAUGUACGGAAGUAUGUGGAUGGCAACAUAUCAAAUCUGCCGUCUUUCGUUAGGCGCAGUCCCGAGUUACAAGAGGAAGUUAAGACUGGGAUCGUGGAAGCUGUUGAUGGCAUGUUCUUGCUCGCGCACCUUCAUCUAGAUUCUUUAAUUGGAAAAAGAUCACCGAAGGCUGUCCGAACUGCAUUGAAAUCGCUCCCCUCUGGAUCCAACGCAUACGACGAAGCCUAUAAGGAUGCAAUGAUUCGAAUUGAGGGACAACUGUUGGAUCAAAAAGGCCUUGCUUGGCAGGUACUAUCAUGGAUCACUUGUGCGAAAAGACCUUUGACAAUGGUUGAACUCCAGCAUGCACUUGCGAUAGAACUAGGCGAAUCUAGCCUCGACGAAGAUAACCUCCCACAAAUUGAGGAUAUGGUCUCAGUUUGUGCCGGAUUAGUCACUGUCGACGAGGAAAGUGAAAUCAUUCGACUGGUUCAUUAUACAACACAGGAGUACUUUGAGCGAACGAAGGAAACAUGGUUUCCAAAUCUGGAGGCUGAAAUUACGAAAAUCUGCGUCACAUAUCUCUCAUUUGAUACGUUUAAAGGUGGAGUCUGCCAGAACGACAAGGAGUUUGAAGAACGACAACAGUCAAACCAACUUUACAAUUACGCCUCAUUUAAUUGGGGUCACCACGCGCGCGAAGCUUAUACAUCUAUCCCAGAAGUCCACAGCUUUCUCGAAACAGAUGGUCAACUUCAGGGAUCUAUCCAAGUACUACUAGUCAAGAAGACGCAUUACUUGGGCGAGUCACAGUAUAGCCGAGUCUUUCAAAAUGGGUUGAUAGGAAUACACUUAGCAGCAUAUUUCGGAGUUGAAAAAACAGUACAAUAUUUCCUCGGCACUUAUAUCUCAGAUGUGAAAGAUAAAUCUGACCGAACGCCACUGUCGUGGGCUGCAGCGAAUGGACACGAAGCUGUAGCUAAACUGCUGUUAGCGAACAACGCUGAUAUAACCUAAAGGAUACACGCUGGGGUCAGACGCCACUGUCGUGGGCUGCGGAGAAUGGCCAGGAAGCUAUGGUUAAGCUGCUGGUAGCGAACAACGCCGAUAUUGAAUUGAAGUGUACAAGAUAUGGCUGGACGCCACUGGUGUGGGCCGUGGUAAAUGGGCGCGAAGCUGUAGUAAAGUUUCUACUAGAGAGCGGUGCUGAGUUCAACUCACAAGAUAACUCCAACCAGACGCCGCUGUCAUGGGCUGCAGUGAAAGGGCAUGAAGCUAUAUUCAAGCUGCUGUUGGAGAAAGGCGCUGAUAUCGAUUUAAAGGAUGACAAAACCCGAGCACCACUAUCGUAUGCUGCAGAGUACGGACACGAAGCUAUACUCAAGCUACUGCUCGUAGAUAGUGCCGAGGUUAACUUGAAGUCUACAUAUUUGAGCAGGACGCCGCUGGUGUGGGCCGCACCGAAUGGACAUGUAGCUGUAGUCAAGUUACUGCUACAACACAAUGCAGAGGUCGACGCAGAGGACAACCAUAACCGGACGGCCUUAUCGCAUGCGGCAGAGCGCGGGCACGAAGCUUUAGUUAAACUGCUGCUCGCGUACAAUGCUAAGGUCAACGUAGAGGACGGCUCGGAACGAACGCCGCUGCUGUAUGCUGUACGGGGUAAUCACGAAGCUAUAGUCAAGAUGCUGUUGGAGAAACACGCUAAAAUCGACUUGAAGGAUACCACCCAUGAGCACACGGCGUCAUCGUUGGCGGAAAUGAAAGAGGAUGAGGCUGUGAUAAAGUUGCUAGAGAUACACAAGCAGGAACAGUGUGUAGUCUGUUAAUUCAACCUACAAAGAAUCACCAAGAACUAUGUCAAC